AUGGCUUCCAUAGAGAAUCUAGCUUCGUCCAUUACGGAGGAAGUCUCCAAACUAUCGUCUCUGCUUAAAGAAGCGGGAGUUCCGCCCCCAACGCUUGACGAAGCUGGUUUCCGCGACUUCGGACGAGAAGAAGACACCCCCGCAGGCAAUUCCCUCCGUGAGGCACGCAGCAAAAUACUUGAUGCUGCCCAGGACCUCAUUCGGUUGGUAAAGGGGCCAAUCGAGCAGGUUUUGACUUUAACUUGGGCCGCUGCCGACACCAAAAAUCUCGACUUAAUCACCCGGCUGAAGAUCCCUCAACAUGUUCCACUCGAAUCAUCUAUCUCAAUACAAAAACUUGCCGCCACCGUCCAAGUUCCGGAGCCACUCUUGGCGCGCGCGCUACGGUAUGCCAUUGGGAAUGGCAUUUUUGUCGAAGAAACACCAAAUGUCAUCAAACAUUCUGCGGCAUCGGCGGCACUAGCAAGUGACUCGCACUUAGCAGAUAUAACAAUUUUUGGCACGGAAUUUCUCAGCAAUGUCUUGAUGAAGAUUCCAGACGCGGUGUUACUUAAACGUGAUGACCCGGAACAUGCCGUCGACACCGCAUUCAAUAUCGCGUAUCGAACGGAUGAGUCGAUAUUUGAAUAUCUUCAUAAACACGAGGAACUGUCUAAAAAGUAUCAUGUGUAUCUGGAGGGGAGGGUCAACACACCUCUCUGGUCAGUUGAUCGCCUCCGUGAGGCUUGGCCGUGGGCCUCCAAGGGGAAGGUUACGGUAGUCGAUGUUGGUGGAUCAGUCGGUCACACAGUUCAAGCGCUCGCACCGCUAAUGCCUGAUGCGACGUUUAUCGUUCAGGACAACAAUCUCCCUGCCUUAGACAUGGGACGGCAAGCUAUCGCUAGUGACCCUUCUCUUCGGUCACGCAUUAGUUUCGCCGAGUACAACUUCUUCAAGCCCCAGACCAUAGAAGCCGAUAUCUAUAUCUACCGACACAUUUUGCACGACUGGGAUGACGAGAAUGCGGUGAAGAUUCUUUCAUCUUUGCUUCCGGCACUCAAACCCAGGGCACGAGUUCUCAUCAGUGAAGGGAUCAUCCCUAAUCCACCUGCAAAGAGGCUGAACACGUUGACCGACAAGAUGGUUCGAAUCGAAGAUAUGUUCAUGCUCGGCGUACACGACGCGAAGGAACGAACUGUUGCCGACUUCGAGACUUUAUUUCAAAAAGCCUCACCGUCGGCUUUUCGGUUGGUGGGUGUCACAUCGGGUGCGCAAGCCGGGGCCUUCAAUUCGUUGCUGGAAUUCGAAUUUCUGGGGCUAGCCAACUGAAAUAGAUGACGCCGUCGCACCAUUGAUAUUGGAAGAACACUUUAGGCUAUUGUAUGGAAUGAUAUGAAUAAUGAAAUAACAAUUUUCUUUUCUUGUAACUCUGGCGAGGGGAUAUAAUGCACUGACCACCCACUUUGACUCAGCUAUAAGAGGGGAAAAGGGGCAAAAUAAGAAAAAGGGGUUCACACCCGGCCUCAUUUCUUGGACCUACCUAGGUAAAUGUCCCAACACAUUCAUUGAUAAAGCAAAAAAUAUAGAAUUCAUUUGAGAAAUCGAAUAAAUACUAUGUCAAACAGUAACUACUAAGUAUUAAGUGAAUAGUAAGUUUCUAAAGGAGACCAAUCUUUUACCUUCUGUCCUGACAAUUUUUAGAUUGUGCGUAUGGCGCCUCUCCGAUCUAAUUUCGAUCCAAAAAGCAAAACCAUGAGACGUCUCAUGCUUUUUCUGCUCGCACAGCCUGCCUAAAUUUUUUCGCGGAUUUUACUUCUUUCCUACCGAUUUCUUAGGGAUUUUCCACUUAUGAAUGAAUAUGAGAUAAGUCAUAAGAGCCACAACUGUGUAAUUGAAAAGGGUGAAGCCAAUGAAGAUACCAACAUUCCUAGCGCGGUUAUUAUAAUCGAAAUCGUAUUGCUUAACCUAGCGGUAGACGUCCUAUUAGCUUCUAGC